AUGAUGUCUCUCGUUGCUUCCAGGAAGAGGAAAGAUGCCCAUAACCCUCGGAUGAUGUCCCAUGACAAGGGCAAAGUCCGCAUUAUCGAACGUUCCGCCGACGGUACUCGCGAAACCUUGACUCGGUUCCCUCGCUUGCGGUCCAGCCUUCCCAACAAUCGGGCAUUUUCAAAUCUUCGCCUCGGAAGCGUUAGGAUUCUUUCCGUCUUCCGUAGCGGUAAAGACAUUACACCUUUCCAUUCUCAGCCUUCUAGCAUCGCAGAGAGUAGCAGAGCUCCACUCAGCCUCCAAUCGAAAUCGACAGCGCCAACAUCUCUCGUCUCAUCUGGUGCCCCCCAAUCGGCGGAGACAACACACAUUCGCGGUGACAAAGGCGCUCAACAAAUUUCAAGCGGAGGCUCCCCUCCAUACGAGCACGCUGCAGAGCAGAUCAACAGUCACUGGUUGGUAUUCCCACGGCAAGACGCCCCGAGGUUCGCGGAACCCUCCAUUGCCACGGUCGAAAAUGCGGCAGCGGCAAAGAUAUACCUCGAAUCGCAUUUCAAUGUUUUGCUCGGCACCAAGAUCACGCCUCGCUCAAUGCGACGCAGGAAUCUGGAGCGGAAAUUAUUCGCCCUGGCAUUCUCAAACGAAGAAAGACAUCAAAACCGACAAGAAUGGUACCGCGCCGAGAGCCAUCAUCUCCGUCAGACACGGGCGUUGAAAUCGAAAACUCUCACUCGACAAAAGUUGAAAGGCGUUCAUAUUUCAAACUAUGAGAUGGUCAGGGUUCUUGGAAAGGGUAGCUUUGGUGUCGUGCGACUCGUUCGCGAAAAAAGUGAUCCACAUGGCCACUUAAGCAGUCCCGAUUUCGAGCGGAUGGAAAGUCUAGACGGCUAUUUUGGUGCAGAUUCUAAGAUGACACCAAACGAAAAGAGAAAGGAAGUCUACGCUAUGAAAGUCAUACGGAAGUCCGAUAUGCUUCGGAACAGUCAAGAAGGCCACCUUCGCGCAGAGAGAGAUUUUCUAGUUGCCUCAGAGAAUUCGCGGUGGGUAGUUCCUCUCAUUGCCAGCUUUCAGGAUAAUAACAACCUUUACCUCGUCAUGGAAUACAUGGUUGGAGGAGACUUUCUGGGUCUGCUCCUCCGGGAAGAUAUCCUGGACGAGAAAGUUGCACAGUGGUACAUUGCUGAGAUGAUUCUGUGUAUUGAAGAAGCACACAAGAUGAACUGGAUCCACCGCGACGUGAAGCCAGAUAAUUUUCUCAUCACUUCGUCAGGACAUCUUAAAAUAUCUGACUUCGGCCUCGCCUUUGACGGCCACUGGACUCAUAACCAGACCUAUUACAACGAACAACGGUACAGCCUGCUUCGAGACCUAGACCUGCAUAUACAGGGCGAUGAACAAGAUUGCGAAGAAGAGAAGAGCCGGCAAGAAAACCAGAGGAAAAUUGAUUUUAUCAAUGGCAGAGUGUCUGGACGCGAACGGUUUGAAGCAAAGCAAGACGGUGUAAAUGGUCCCAUCCUAGACUGGCUAAACCGUACCCAAAGACGCAACUUCGCCAAAAGCGUAGUUGGGACGAGUCAGUACAUGGCACCAGAAGUCAUCAAAGGGGAGAACUAUGAUGGCCGGUGCGAUUGGUGGAGCAUUGGUAUCAUUCUGUACGAGCGAUAUGCUCGGCCAAACGUUGACCGCGUACCACUGCAUCCUGUGACUCGAAAUGCGAUGGAUCUUAUGAUAAGGCUAUUAGAGGAUAAGGAAGGACGCCUCUCUUCGAAGAAAUUCCGGGAGAAUGAUUUUGUUAUGCAUCAGCGUGCUUUGCGAACCCGACAUAUGCGCAACUUCAACAACACAGGCCACGUUGUGUUUCAGAAUGAUGCCGAAGAUAUCAAAAAUCAUCCAUGGUUUCGCAAUAUUCAGUGGUCAACGCUUCAUCUGACACGCCCGCCGUUUGUCCCCCGGGUCCAUGGCAAUCAACCUAUCACGAAAUAUUUUGAUGAUGAAGCAGAGAUCAUGAGCGCGUCAGAUCAUCUUGACUCAUCAAGCUAUCAAACAGGACCAGUGGGACCUUUACCAUCUCCCGCGUCUCCAAUACACUGUAUAAGCAAGCCCCUUGAUUCACCCAAACACCUACUCGAGGACAACUACAGUGUCACUCCGGACAGAACGAAGCGGCGCAGGAAGGAAAAGAAAAGGCCCCGGGAUAAGUUGUUGCGAGACCCCCAUGUCGGGCGAACCGUCCUGGAAAUUCGCAAGAAAGGGGCUUUUAUGGGAUACACGUACCGAAGGCCUGACUUUACCCUUUCAGAGCUGGAGGAUAGGGUUUCGAGGACACCUCUUCCAAGACCGAGCAUGAUACCAGUGAGUGCGUAG